UGACAGUUUACCAGUGACAUACCUGCCUCGUUUUCACCUGACCUCAUUCAGCAGCCAUUUUAAGCGACCAAAAUGGCGCUGUUGAAGUGCUCGAGCACUUCUUGUUUCAUAGUCGUCCUAAUCAGCGUGCUGUACAUACAACAAGUGUCAACACAAUGUGUCAUUCCCUCCGACUUCAAGGGGGACUGGUACUCCAUGGAGGCAGGACGUGACAUCACAACGGUGGUCAACGAACAGAAGUGGGGCGAGUUGACCUGCAUUGACCUCUACAUCCACAAUAACACAUACAAGCUGGAGGGAACCAACGCCACAAUGCUCAUGAGGAAACCCACUACUCAGAGCAACCUUUGCUUGAUGUGUGUGGAUAUAUUGUGGAGAACCAAAAACAUUCUUCAGUACAGACAGAGUGACUGUUUCACAAGCAACAAUGGUUUUGAGAACAUGUGCACUGGCAUCAAACAGCUCCCUGCCGUGGACCAAGUCAUCACGAUGUUCAGGCUAACCAUUGAGACCAUCAACUGCAUCACCACGUGGGAGGGUGUGUUCCAGUUCACAUAUGAAGUCAGUUGGGGUGGCGGCGGCAUCUGCGACACUGGUGGCAGCACAAUCGAGGCCUGUCAGGAUCCGGGCUCCUCCUAUGUGGACAACGAGGUGUUCCUGAUGAAGUACGACAAGUGCAGAGGGGUGUCGACAUCCUUCACACAGACUGUCCGGUACCAGUGUAUGGGCAGCUGGUUCGCCAUGGUGGGAAACACUGGCUACACCUUCGCCGCCAUCGCUGACACUGUCGAGAAGGACAGAAGAGAAAGGUUUAAGUGUAUGAUGACCUUGAAGAACCAGAAGUCAGCUGACAACACCAUCCGAUGGGUCUUGUCCCGCUUCGCUGACUGCGGCAAACUCAACAGCAUCUAUGAUGGCCCCGUCAGGCUGGUGCUGAGAAGAGUCCCCCCUCAGACGCUGUACAUGACGUCUCAGUGCAACCUUCCAAGGAACAUCUCGGGACUGUGGUUCACACAGGGACUGCAGUUCAGCUCCGACGUCACUGUCAACGAGACCCACGUCUACUACAUGACUCGCAAGAAUGAGUUUGAAUUUGAGGAGACAUACCUGUCCUGCCAACAGACCCUCGGAACCCGGUACCUCAUGACCAAAGUCAUUGUUGGGAAAUGUGAGGUGGACUUCGUCUGUUAUGACAUUCUUCCUCGGCAUCACGGCAUCGUACGCUACAGAGUGGGGAAGCCGUCACGGUUAACAAAAGACGAGUUAGCGAACCCCAACUACCUGGAGCAGAAGUUCCGAGAGGCGUGCAGUUGGAUGUCCUUCACCUUCAACCGAGAUGACACGGACUGGAAGUAUGAGGUUCUCAUCUUGAACCCACCCUCACCUGUGGCCUGUCCGAUUGCUGGUCGGUACAAGUUCGUCCAGAACGCCAUGCACUGGAUGGAGAAGUACGCCACCAGGAUCCGUGGUGUGACGGACCGACCCCGUGUCCAGGUGGACUGCCGCAUCACCGUGUCCGAGUUCAAGUCUUGCAGCCAGGACAAGUCCAAGAUCGAGGUGGAUGCCGAGUACUGCGAGUCUGUGGACUACCGAGGUCGACCUAUUGGAGAAUAUGAUGAGGCAGACCACAUUUUGACCUGUGUGGGCUUCUGGAUGGAGGACAUGAAGUCCUACCUCAUCACCUACGACGAGGAGGACGCCAUUUCCGCGUUCCGCUGCUGGGUGUACGAGAGACUGAGUUGGACGGACAUUGUGAUGUCCCGAGCCCAGACUGCCCGCUGCCCAAGAUCCCAGAGGGCCAACAGCUAUCAGUUGGAGGGGACCGGCCUUAGCCUGGAGCUGUACGAGAACGAGAGACUCUAUGACGACUGCCCACAGAGAUUUGACCCCGGUAUCGACCCCUACAGGAAGCCGACAGUCAUCUACGUGUUGAGCAGCGCCACCUAUCCAUCACUUUACUUCCCUCUCCUCAUCUCUCUGCUGACUUUUGCUUUGCUACAAAGGACAUAACAAUAAGAAGGCAAUAGUUCCUUGCCACGCUCUAUCCAGUGACUUACCUUCAACAGUGACCAAUACCAUUUUGUACAAUAGCAGAUCUUAGCCAACAGGAUGAUAUCACUCCGGAAUCCUUGAUGGACUCCAUGAUGCUGGAUAGUUGUCAACAGUGUGAUAGUCAGGUAUCCUGGUAAAGGUUUCUCUCAAUGAUAUCCAAUAUUUGUCUUUAGGGUACCCUGGAGACAAAUAAUAAUUGUUGGCAGAUAUUUGUCCCAAAACAAUAUCAUUAAGCAAAUAUUUAACAGUUUUCUAAAUGAUGGCAGAUAUUUGUCACAAGAGUGUCCGGUUGAAAGAAAUCAAACUUUUUACACUGGUAAAUGAAGUUUACAAGAUGUAAACUCUAUGAAUUAGAUGUAAAGUUUGGAUGACAAAUAUAUGAGUUGCCAUGGUUUCAAAGAGGCCGUACAGGAGGACUUCCAUGAUUAAAACUAUUUCCUGCAUAUUAAUUUGAACCCAUGUCAAAUGAAAUGUACAAAUAUUUUGAAAUGAUUAACAUUGAUCAUUGAUAGCAGCAAAUACAUGUACUAACAAAUAAUGUUAGGAUUUACCAAUAGUGCAGCAUAAUGUGAAGUAUAGUUAGUUCAGUUUUGGUUAGGGGAGCUGUAAGGCUCAGGUCUUGGUAACAAUGGUGUGUUGAAGAAUCAAGUAAGUUUACAUUGGCAACAGAUGAGGAUGCUCGAUGAGUAGUUCAAUCACGAGAGUAGAGUUUUGAUUUUAUUCCUUCAGCAUGCGUGAUGAUGUAGUUCAUUUGUACAUAGGUCAUAUGGCAAUAAUCAGCUCAUGCUAACGCUGACAGUUCGUAAUUAAGCUUGUACAUAAUUGUAAAUAUUGUAAAUAUGUUUUUGUUUUAUAGAUCAAAUACAAAAAAAUCAUUGUUUCUGUAUCUACUGCUUAUAUAUCUUUAACAUGGUUAUAAUAAAAUGCUUUACAGUGAUACUACUUCACAGUGAUCCUAUGACAGCAACCAACAGUCAGAAACUGUGAGGAGACUGUCACAUGAGGAGAUCUCCUCUCCUCUCCUCUCCUCUGUACUGCUGUGCCAUAGCUUUGCAACUGCUUUGCAAUAUUUGACAUCUACUGUUCAUUAAUACAUAGCUACGAUUCUGCAUCUGGGUCAGAGACAUUCUUGUAAGGUUUUUACUUUCUAUCAGUUUCUUUGUUUUUCCAAACUUCCAUAUUUUGUACCUACUUACUAUUUUGAUGACAAAUCAUAUCACAAACAUUGAUGUUUGUAUGAAUCAACAAAGGCAUCAACAGUUUCUUUUGACUCGUCCAUACUUCAAACAAUUAUCGCAGUUAUCUUCAUUUUCCAUAUUGACACAGACAUUUAUGCGAAAUUGUUUUUCUUCUGUGUAUAUUCAGCAUGCUUUGAGCAUUCAUCGGACGCAAAGCUACCAUAUUUUGCUAGCCGGACUUAGUGAUAGACAAAUAACAUGUCUUUAGAGUCCUAUUGUUGAUGGUAAAUAGUUCUGGCAUAAGAAUGUUUUAAUAUAUUUUUUGAUUGACUAUGAAUGUGUUGUCAUGUUCAAUAAAUACUGCCACCAGCCUGUCUGUACACAUCACUGUUCCAUCAAGUAGGGUCACAUAUCUUUGACUUGUUGGGUAUCGGUCACUUCACUGAGACAACACAAUAAGUGUCUUUCUAGGAAUGAAAAGACAAAAACUACUGCCUUUUGGAUGAGUGGAAAUAGAAACACAACAAUAGUCUUUUUGACUAAUUAGUUCAAUAUCAGUCCAUGGUUUCAUAAAGGAGAUCUACCGUUAUUAAUCUCAUUCAGAUCUUUUACUCUGUGCAUGAAGUGAGGUAUGGUGUAAGCUUCUGCUCUUGAUUGAUCUUAGUGUUUUUAGAAUCAUUUUCCUUCUCUGCAUCAAGGUCAAGGAAACUGUUGUGACCUUGAAGGUAAUGUUGAUCUGUUUGUGAACAUAUUUUUCUACCCAAAACAUUUUAUAUGCCAGUUAAUCAAGUAUUUGUAAUAAACUGUAAUUUAAAAAAAGGUUUGGUUUUGUUAUAUGUUAAUCAUUUACUACUAAAAGAAGUUAACGACCACCUGAUUCUUUCAUAUUACUUUGUCAUGGCAUGGCAGAUUAACUAUAGUAAUAUGAAAGAAUCGGAUGGUCUAUAACUUGUGGGUUUUUUUUGUACUAUAAUAUUAUGUCAUUUUUACCUGUUUCAAGUCCCCCAGGCCACAGGUAAAUGUUGGCUUGAAGGGGCUUCACAAUAGUAUAUGCAAGAGUAGUCUCCCUUUGUCAGGUCAGCACCAGUUCCCCUGGAAACUUUUUUUAAUAAAAUUUAUUGUGCAAGUUU